AACAGACCUGAAUUGUCACGGCAGUCGGUAGAACAAGUUAGCUGGCGCUUGUUUGAUUGUAGUUUGCUAUCUGUGUGUCAUUAGUCGCCUUCGACGCUACCGUGUUUGAUGUGUGACGCUAACCGGAUUGUUUCGGAUGUGUGUCCUGUCAAAAGGGCCCUGUCUCGACUAUACUUGCAAAAAUAACCUUUCGUGGAAAGAAUUCGGUCGAUUGUAAGGGGAAAAGAGGGGGAAAAUGGAAACGAGAAGUGAGUUUUGUCGAGAGCUACAUUUUGAAAGGUUGACACACCGUGAAUGGUAGUGUCUAGAAAGGGUAUGUCCCUUCAGGAGAGAGGUGCCAAUGUCCAACCGGCCUAAUUCCAAUCCAGGGGGGUCACUGCGCCGUUCACAGAGGAACACUGCUGCGGCCCAGCCACAAGACCACACAGUCGCAGGAAGGUUGCAGUCAGAGCAGGUCAAACAAAAAGCAAAUUCCCUACCUGAAAGUAGAAGGCCUAUAGCAAAGGCUUCCAAAGCCACAAGCAGCUCAGCCACUGGCCAGUCCAGAGGGCACAGCUCAAAAAGAAGCCUUGCUCUCUCUGUGGCAUCGUUUGUAUUGCAAGACGACCCAGAGGUUGCAGGGACAUCUGAACAAGAGCGACAAAGCCACCCGUCUAAGAGCGAAGGCACCCGAGGACUUAAGCGAAGUGAAGCUCCGGACCAAAUUAGCACCUUAGGACCGACAGCAACAAAAAAGCCCAAAUCCCUGUCCUUACCCAGAGAUCAUACCUCAGAGACCAAGAAAGGCCCAGCUAAGAAGAGGGCACUUGCUGCAGAAGCACCUGCAUCGUCAGGUAGAGGACAAAGUAAGAAAAGUGGGGCCGCUGGGGCCUCACCGGUCCAGAAACGGAAGAAAGCAGAUUCUCACCCUGGUCUAAGUAGCACUACCGUGUCCCUCCCCAAUCGUACCGAGGGCAGAACUGUUAAACCCACCAAGCUGGCGUCUAAAUCAGCCGCCUCAGCCAAAGCUGGGUGCAGCAACGUGACAGACUCCUCCUCUUCUGCCUCAACGUCCUCCUCCUCUUCCACUACAGGCACAAACAGUGCUACCACGCCAGGUGCCCGCGUCAAACAAGGCAAAGACCAGACUAAGGCACGCCGCUCUCGUUCUGCCUCAAGCCCCUCUCCUCGCCGUAGUACCCGUGACAAGGAGCAGGCCAAGUCUGCCAGCUCUUCAAAGUUUGAGUGGGCAACACGCUUCAACCCAAAAGUCAACCUGCCAAAACCCAAACUUUCUCUAACUGGAUCAUCCAAAACUGAGACCUCCAAACCAGGGCCGUCUGGAUUACAAGCUAAACUAGCACGUUUGAGAGAAUCCACCAAAAAGCGCAGCGAGUCUCCUCCAGCAGAGCUCCCCAGCUUUCGGCGGAGCACACGCCAAAAGACCACGGGCUCCUGUGCCAGCACCAGUCGGCGGGGCUCAGGCCUGGGCAAGCGUGGGGCAGCUGACGCUCGCCGACAGGAGAAAAUGGCAGACUCUGACAACAACCAGGAUGGGGCUAACUCGUCGGCCGCUCGCACUGAUGAGGCAUCACAGGGCGCCUCAGCUUCAAGUUCAGUUACUGGAGCAGUAGGCAUGACCACCUCUGGAGAGAGUGAAUCUGAUGACUCAGAAAUGGGGAGGCUUCAAGCUUUACUGGAGGCCAGGGGUCUCCCCCCACAUCUGUUUGGCCCCUUGGGACCCCGGAUGUCACAGCUGUUUCACAGGACCAUAGGCAGUGGUGCUAGCUCCAAGGCUCAGCAGUUACUACAAGGUCUGCAGGCCACAGGCGAUGAGUCUCAGCAGCUCCAAGCUGCUAUUGAGAUGUGCCAGCUAUUAGUAAUGGGCAAUGAAGAAACACUCGGUGGAUUCCCUGUCAAAAGUGUGGUGCCUGCUUUGAUUACACUGUUGCAAAUGGAGCAUAACUUUGACAUUAUGAAUCAUGCCUCCCGUGCACUCACUUACAUGAUGGAGGCCCUCCCUCGGUCUUCUGCUGUGGUGGUUGAUGCUAUUCCCGUAUUCCUGGAGAAGCUUCAGGUGAUCCAGUUUAUUGACGUAGCUGAGCAGGCCCUUACCGCCUUGGAGAUGCUGUCGAGGCGACACAGCAAAGCAAUUUUGCAGGCUGGUGGGCUGGCUGACUGCCUACUCUACCUAGAAUUCUUCAGCAUCAAUGCACAGAGGAAUGCCUUGGCCAUAGCAGCCAACUGCUGCCAAAGCAUUACACCUGAUGAGUUCCACUUUGUUGCUGAUUCUCUGCCUCUGUUGACUCAGAGACUUGCACAUCAGGACAAAAAAUCUGUUGAGAGCACUUGCCUCUGUUUUGCCAGACUAGUGGAUAAUUUUCAACAUGAGGAGAACUUGCUGCAAGAAGUGGCAUCACGAGACCUUUUGACCAACAUUCAGCAGCUGCUGGUAGUGACACCUCCUAUACUUAGCUCUGGGAUGUUCAUCAUGGUUGUGCGCAUGUUUUCCCUCAUGUGUUCCAACUGCCCCUGCUUGGCAGUUCAGCUCAUGAAACAAAACAUUGCAGAAACAUUGCGCUUCCUCUUGUGUGGGGCAUCAAAUGGCAGCUGCCAAGAACAGAUUGAACUUGUACCACGGAGCCCUCAAGAGCUCUACGAACUGACCUCCCUUAUAUGUGAGCUGAUGCCCUGCCUGCCUCGAGAGGGUAUCUUUGCAGUUGAUGUAAUGCUGAAGAAGGGCAGUGCCCAAACAACUGAAGGGGUAAUAUGGCAAUGGAGGGAUGAUAGAGGGCUGUGGCACCCUUACAAUCGUAUUGACAGCCGCAUUAUUGAGACAGCCCACCAGAAUGGGGAAGAUGAGAUCAGCUUGUCAACUCUGGGUCGUGUGUAUACAAUUGACUUUAACUCUAUGCAGCAGAUCAACGAAGACACCGGAACAGCACGCGGCAUCCAGAGGAAGCCAAAUCCACUUGCAAAUCCCAACUCCGGGAGUCACCCGGAAGUUCGACGAGAAGAUGCACGAGCCCAGCUGAUGAAGGAAGACCCUGAGCUGGCUAAGUGUUUCAUCAAAACUCUAUUUGGGGUCUUGUAUGAAGUGUACAGCUCCUCUGCUGGACCUGCAGUUAGACACAAGUGCCUUAGAGCCAUCCUCAGGAUCAUUUACUUUGCUGACGCAGAGCUGCUGAAGGAUGUGUUGAGGAACCAUGCAGUGUCCAGUCACAUUGCCUCCAUGCUAUCCAGCCAGGACCUGAAGAUUGUAGUGGGUUCUUUGCAGAUGGCUGAGAUCCUAAUGCAGAAGCUACCUGAUGUCUUCAGUGUCUAUUUCAGGAGAGAAGGUGUAAUGCAUCAGGUUAAAAACCUAGCAGAGUCUGAGAGCUUUUUAGUUACUAGUCCCCCCAAGGCUUGCCCCAGUACUAGUACCAGUCUGUGUACUACCACAAUCAGCACUGCAUCCACAACGACCGCCAAUAAUGCAACUCCUGACCUGGGUUCUCCUAGCUUCCAGCACAGCAUGGAUGACUCACUGGACCUCAGCCCACAAGGAAGGUUAAGCGAUGUGCUCAAACGAAAACGAUUACCGAAAAGGGGGCCCAGAAGGCCCAAAUACUCACCACCAAGGGAUGAUGAGAAAGUAGACAAUCAGGCUAAAAGCCCCACAAGUACUCAGUCACCCAAAUCAUCCUUCUUGGCCAGUCUCAAUCCCAAGACCUGGGGCAAACUGGGUGGCCAAACCAAUAAUUCCAACUCUGAGCCCUCACGUACAGCGGGGGUGAGUGGCCUGGCAAGGGCACCCCCCAAGGACUCAAUUUCAAAUAACAGAGAUAAAAUCAAGGCCUGGAUCAAAGAACAGGCCAACAAGUUUGUAGAGCGGUACUUCAACUCUGAAAAGGUGGAUGGCAGCAACCCUGCAUUGAAUGUACUUCAGAGACUUUGCACAGCCACUGAGCAGCUCAACCUGCAGGUGGAUGGUGGUUUGGAGUGUCUUUCAGAGAUCUCCAGCAUUGUGUCAGAGUCUGACGUGUCCUCUUUUGAGAUCCAACACAGUGGGCUGGUGAAGCAACUCUUGCUUUACCUAACCUCCCACACAGACAGGGACUUGCUUAGUCGGGACUUGCGACUCAAACGGUUCCUCCAUGUCUUUAUUGGCUGCCCGGUUCCAGGAACAGAGCCUGUAAGUUGUUUGGACCCGACAGAAAAUGGGCCUUUCCUGGCACUGGUUCACAAAAUGAACAGCUGUCUGAGUCAAAUGGAGCAGUUCCCUGUUAAAGUGCAUGAUUUCCCCAGUGGGAAUGGCAAUGGGAGCAGAGGCUCACAGGCACUUAAGUUCUUCAACACACAUCAGCUCAAGUGUCAGCUGCAAAGGCAUCCAGACUGCGCGAAUGUUAAACAGUGGAAAGGUGGCCCUGUGAAGAUAGACCCUCUGGCCUUGGUGCAAGCCAUUGAGCGAUACCUAGUUGUCAGAGGGUAUGGCCGAAUCAGAGAAGAGGAUGAAGACAGUGAUGAUGAUGGCUCGGAUGAUGAAAUAGAUGAGUCACUGGCUGCCCAGUUCCUAAAUUCAGGCAGUGUACGCCAUAGAUUACAGUUCUACAUCGGUGACCACUUGUUGCCAUACAACAUGACAGUUUACCAGGCUGUCCGACAGUACAGUCUUCAGGCAGAAGAAGAAAGGGAGUCCACAGAUGAUGAGGCAAACCCACUUGGGCGAGCAGGCAUCUGGACCAAAACGCACACAAUAUGGUAUAAGCCUGUUAGAGAGGAUGAGGAUGGCAGCAAAGAUACUGUGGGGGGCAAGAGGGGGAGAGCUCAGACUGCGCCCACAAAAACCUCCCCUCGCAAUGCCAAGAAGCAGGAUGAGCUGUGGCAUGAUGGUGUGUGUCCCAGCGUCGUCAAUCCCUUAGAGACAUACCUCACUUCAGACCCUCCAGAGACCAUAACCUUUGACGACCCCUCCUUAGAUGUCAACCUGCUGCUGAGGGUCUUGCACUCAAUCAGUAGAUAUUGGUUCUACUUGCAUGAUAAUGCUGUGUGUAAGGAAAUCAUCCCCACUAGUGAGUUCAUUAACAGUAAGCUGACUGCCAAAGCCAACCGUCAGCUCCAAGACCCCCUCGUUAUUAUGACAGGGAACAUCCCAACUUGGCUCAUCGAGCUUGGAAAGACUUGCCCCUUCUUCUUCCCCUUUGAUACACGGCAGAUGUUGUUCUACGUAACUGCUUUUGAUCGCGACCGAGCCAUGCAGCGCUUGCUGGACACAAACCCUGAGAUUAACCAAUCAGAUUCUCAGGACAGCAGAGUUGCACCACGUCUUGACAGGAAAAAGAGGACGAUAAACCGUGAUGAGCUGCUCAAACAGGCAGAGGCUGUGAUGCAAGACCUUGGUAGUUCCCGUGCAAUGUUGGAGAUUCAGUAUGAGAACGAGGUGGGCACAGGACUUGGUCCCACUCUGGAGUUCUAUGCUCUAGUUUCUCAGGAGCUCCAGCGGGCCGACCUCGGCUUGUGGAGGGGUGAAGAGGUGACUCUGACCAAUCCGAAAGGAAGCCAAGAGGGAACAAAGUACAUGUUCAGUACCAGAGGACUCUUUGCGGUUCCAUUUGGCAGGACAACCAAACCAGCGCACAUAGCCAAAAUCAAAAUGAAGUUCCGCUUCUUGGGGAAGCUAAUGGCCAAAGCUAUCAUGGACUUCAGACUGCUGGACCUGCCGCUGGGGCUGCCAUUUUAUAAGUGGAUGUUGCGGCAUGAGAUGUCCAUAAACUCCCAUGACCUGGUCAACAUUGAUCCUGAUGUUGCAAAAUCCAUCCUUCACUUAGAAGAUAUUAUUCGCCAGAAGAAGAGGCUUGAACAGGAUCGGUCACAGACGAGGGAAACAUUACAGCAGGCGCUGGAGAGCCUCAAUAUGAACGGCUGCUCAGUGGAGGACCUGGGUUUGGACUUCACACUCCCAGGAUUCCCCAACAUUGAGCUGAAAAAGGGUGGAAAAGACGUUCCUGUCACGAUCUACAAUCUUGAGGAGUACCUCAGGUUGGUGGUGUACUGGACUCUCAAUGAAGGAGUAUCAAGACAGUUUGAAUCUUUUAGGGAAGGCUUUGAGUCAGUUUUCCCCCUUCAUCACCUGCAGUAUUUCUAUCCAGAAGAGCUUGACCAGUUGCUGUGCGGCAGUAAAUCGGAGACGUGGGACGUCAAGACGUUGAUGGAGUGCUGUCGGCCAGAUCACGGCUACACACAUGACAGCCGGGCCGUGCGGUUCCUGUUUGAAGUGUUGAGCAGCUUCGAUGCUGAGCAGCAGAGACUUUUUCUGCAGUUUGUCACGGGAAGCCCAAGACUCCCUGUUGGAGGUUUCCGCAGCCUGAACCCCCCUCUGACGAUUGUGAGGAAGACAUUCGAGUCGACGGAGAACCCAGAUGAGUUCCUCCCUUCAGUUAUGACCUGUGUCAACUACCUGAAGCUGCCUGACUACUCCAGCAUUGAGAUCAUGCGAGAGAAACUGUUAACAGCAGCUCGUGAGGGCCAACAGUCGUUCCACCUUUCCUGAUCUCUCCACAUCUCACAUUCAGAUGCCUUCUUCAGCGACUGAAAUCAUGACUUCCCUUCUAAGUUUUUUUUUUUUGUAAUCACACACAUUAAGGCUUCAUGUACAGCCUUCUUGUUAGAGAAGCAGCUUGCAGAAAAAACUUUAAAUAUAUAUUUGCUGCCCCAACUCUCAAAAAAUAUUUAAAAGAAAUAAAAAAAAUAGAAAGGUGUUCCAUGACACAGAUGUUAAAACAAAAAGAGUUAAACCUAUAUCAGUAGUUGAGUAAUGUUAAAAAUGAAAACAUCUGGGUGAUAUUUUAAAUUGCAUUGCUGUGAUAUUUAAAAAAAAAAAAAAAAGAAAAGAAAAAAAAAGGAAAAAAAAAAAGGGACAUCUCCUCUCCAAAGUGGACAAUGGGGGUGCGAGUGGAGGGUGGGGAGGGUCCAUCAAGCAAGCUAGGUUUACUUUAGCUCCAAAGAUCAUUUGUACAGACAAAUUUGCAGACUUUGCUCAUUCUAUACAUUUGAUAGAAUAGCUCUUUGUUUCCUCCAUUUGUCUAUUUGCAUUUCUUCCUUAUUUUGUUGCCACCCCACCCCCAUUGUUUCCAAGCCGUUUGUGUGCACGUUGACUCUGGGUCAGCUUUCCUUCCCGUUCGUCCUCGCUUAAAUCGCAGUUGGUUGAAUGUGGGUAGUGAUGACCGCAUAUUACCAUUUUCUCCUCCCUACUUAAGUUGGAUUGUAUUCUGGCCUCCACCUUUAUAGAGAGCUUCAGCUCAGAUGAAAAAUUGUUACCAAUGUGUUGAGCUGGUUCAGGUUUUGCUCUUAUUUUGAUAGCGUUAGCGUCUUUAUGUCGGGCCCUACCAGAUUUGUAGGGUUAUCUCGAGCAACCCUCAACACAAAAUGUAGCUGGGCACAAAAUUUUGACUGGUCUCAUUUUAUUGUUUAAUGGCCAGAUAGCAUUUCAAGUUCAUUUUAUGGAGUUCAAUUUAUAUGCAGUUUCACACCCUGUGUGAGGUGAGAAUGUCUGCUUUCCUUUUUUUUUUUUUUUUUUUUUUUUUUUUUUUUAAAUUUUCUAUAUGGUCUUUAUUUCUUGCUGUAGGUAUUUUUUUUCAUGCACUGCUGGCUUGGAAACAAAAACUGGUGUGCACCUGCAGUCCGUGGCCAGGGGAGGGCGCCACACUGCUUUCCUGGCCCAAUCGUUCAUGUGCUGGUUUCUAAGAUCUGCAAUAAUUUACCGCAUCAGGUUCAUGUUUUUACCUGAACAUAAAUAAAGUAACUGUUUGACUCA